AUGUUGAAAAUAAGUUGCCUGUUUAUGAUUUGGAUUGCGUGUGGGAGUGUGUCUUGCAACGAGGAAGAUAACGGGUUUGUGCAAGCAUUGGAUUUUGGUCCCAUUUUCAACGGCGAUGAUUCUGGCAUAGCGUCGUUGGCUUCAAGUCCAAUAGCCGCUGCACUUCUUAAAGUAGACAAAAGUCAAUAUCCACAAUUAUUUGACACAGUUGUUAGUAGUUCUAUCGAUUCGUUGCAAAGUCGAGUAGCGCCUAGAGAAAGUGUAUUUGAUGCAAGUAACUUUGGUUUUAAUCCCAUUGCAAGUCAAAGCUUUCUCCCUUAUGGGAAGCCGGCGCAAAUUGUAGCACAGCACCAGCCAAACUCUCAAAAUGUCCAAUUAAGCCCUCUAAGAUAUGACAUAAGAACAAUACAUGACCCUAAUUAUAGAGUCUAUAAGACGGAAAGUGAAGUGACUGAAGGGAAAGAAAUUUUAGCAGCGUUGAAAAAAAAUCCAACAGUUGCUGCGUACUUUCAGCCUAAUGUUAAUGUCGAAGUAAAUCAUCCUAUACAAUAUCGCAAAGAAGAAUUGAUAGAAAAAUUUGAAGGUGAACAAAACUACAAGCAAAAUCCUUAUCUUGCAGGACCCGCACGUAUUCGUCGCUAUACGGGAGGAAGAAGCAGGGAGAAUUUGAAGGAAGCUGAAGACGAUGAUGACGAGGAUGACCCCUACAAUUACCGAGCUGAAUAUGUAUCGAAGCCUAAGGCUUUUGAUGAAAGCCCGUAUAGCAGCCCAUACAAAAAAAAGAAGAAGUCUGACGACAAAUACGAAUACCCUUAUAGUUAUGAUUCAGGUUAUGAUCAUAAAGAAUAUGAAAGGAUAAAAGAAUUAUCAGAGCAACAAGCUGCUGAAAUCAAGCAAAACCCAGGAAAUUGUAAAGAAGUUAAAAAGGAUGGUAUGUCAUGUAUGACUUGUAAGGACCCCAAAACAGGAGGAAACUAUGAAUCAUGUUCGUAUGUUGCGGAACCCAAAAAUAAUCAAUACGCUUACUCUAAAGAAAAAAAGUUUGACAGCAAUGAUGAACCUGAUGAAGAUGAAGAUGAAAAUUCUGGUGAAUCAACUAAAGCUGAAAAAAUACAAAAAGCUAGUGUAGAUGAAACUGCUCCUCAAAAAUUUACUGAAUCUAAAGAUAAACCUUACAGUAGCUACAGACAGGCAGACAAGGUAGACGAUUCGGGUGAAAAAUACAAAGCAUUUUACGUUCAUUCAUCAAAGCCUAAAACCAACGAAGCACUUAAAGCUACAAGUGAUGAUAGUUCCGAAGAUGCAAAACCAAAGUCUUAUGAUUACAAUAAAGCGUUGCCCGAUUUUUAUACUGAUAACGAACCCAAAAAAGACGUUGAGCACGUUUUAGCUGAAUUUAAAAAAAAAGAUAGAUCUGCGUGUAAAAAAGUGCAGAAAAACUCUAUGACUUGUUUCCAGUGUGUAGACAAAAACGGUCAAAAGAAUGAGGAAUGCAUGUUUGUUUCUGAAUCGGCACCAAAACAAAGUCACCUAGCAUACCAAGAAGUGAAAGAAUUUGGCUCGAAACCAGCUAGCGGAAGUAAUGAAGCUGCUGAAAGUCAAGUUGUUGCUACAAGUGCUACCCCACCACAAAAAUCAGCGGCAUAUGUAGCUUCUACAUCAAACAGGAGUAAAAAACUAAAACGCAAAAAAACCCCGCAGGUGUCAGCUGCUGCUUCCAGCCCAAUAGCGAAAACUGCCCAAAAAGUUAAACGUAGUGAAGGGUCGGAGGCCGAGAAUAACGCUAAAAUUAUAGAUGUAUCAAACAUAGGUCGUCCUGAAGAUUUUGCUGGAGCUGAAUCUAAAGCCGCUUUUUCGUCAGAAGUAGAGCCUCGGUAUAGCGCAACGCUUGGUGUCACUUUGCCCGAGUACAUGUUAUCAAGAUCAGAACAUGAAGCUUCGUUUGACGAAGCAGUCGCAGGGGCA